AUGCAAUAUAUUUGUGCAGGUGGACAUUCUGAUAAGUUAACAUGGACAAUCGAAUGGAAACAGCAAUCGAAACUGCAUCAAAAAUCGAUCUAUACAUAUUAUAAUGUAGACUGCAUGUAUCAACGUAUUCCUUCAGUAUUCACUAGUCUAAAUGAACAACGACCUCGCGUAAAUACUGAACAGUCAAAUUCUGAUGAUAUUGAAAAUGAUGAGACUUGCAAUAUAGAUAAAUGA